AUCAUUUUCCUUUGGUAAAUAUCUUCAAAUUUUUUUGUUGCCAUUGUUGUGGAGUUUUUUAAUACUGGAUUUCUGGAAGCAGUGGAAGAAGGUAAAGAGCAUUCUUUUUGGGUGGUAGUAUCUUCGUUUUCUCGCCCAAGCAGCAUUUGUUGGAUCGGAUUGGGGAUUGAAGGCAAUCGUGCGUAUUUCAUUUUACCAAAGCAUAAAAGUAUUUACUGAUUCAACAUGGGAGACCAGGUUGUUUCAGUUUCUUUCUUUGCCUUGUCCAAGUCCAAUAGGAUCAUGGCAUUGUUCUUUUUGGGUGAUGAUGAGACAGAUGUCCAAAAUCAAACCAGAUAUGAGUUAGAUGAUGAGAGCAAGGAUAUAAAGCCUCAGAGCCGUGAAAUUGUGAUGAAAGACGCAGUGGGUGAGAAGGAGAUAGGAGAUCUUGAUAAUCUUCCUUUUGACACGUUAACCAGAUUGAAUUGGAAGGUGCCUAAUGUUAGGUGACGAUAUGAGUUUUUGGGCUACCAACAAAUUGUGUAGAUUGGCAUCUCCUUCAAGUCUAGCUUUGGAGUGCUCUGAAGGCUCUCCUCUCUUGGUUAACCUAUUAGCAAAAAGGUGAUACCUUUUGCAAUUUCAUUGAUUCACUGCGUGGUGAAAAGUACUUCUUAAGCAUCCUUAAUAACGGAUUGAAAGAUGC